AUGGCCGGUAGUAGUAUUCCUCAAAGUUCCAAUUCUUCGGUCUCACAAUUCUUAUCCACUUUAAUCCCCACUUUGGUGGUUUCAGUGGUGUUUUUAUUAGCAUUCAUUGUUAUUCACAGUAAACAAAGAAGAGUGUAUGAACCUCGUGCUGUAGUGGAAUCACUCCCUGAUGAUUUAAGAACAGAAACUGCCCCUAAAGGUCCAUUCAGUUGGUUAACUUAUCUUUUAGCCAAACCCCGUACUUUUUACAUUCAAUAUGCUGGUACCGAUGGAUAUUUUUUCCUUAGAUUUUUAUUUGAAUUUUUCUGUGUAUGUGUCUUAGGAGCAGUUAUAACUUGGCCAAUUCUUUUCCCAGUUAAUGCCACCAACGGCAAUAACAAUACCCCUGGUUCUAAUGUUAAAGGUUUCGAUAUUUUAACAUUUGCUAAUAUUAAAGAUAAAUGGAGAACUUUUGCUCAUGUUUUCUUAUCAUGGAUAUUAUUCGGUGCAGUGAUUUUCCUUAUUUAUCGUGAAUUGGUUUAUUAUGUCACUUAUCGUCAUGCUCUUCAAACUACUCCAUUAUACGAUUCCUUGUUGAGUUCAAGAACCCUUUUGUUAACAGAAAUCUCUACUGAAUAUUUACAAGAUGAUAAGCUCAGAGGUUAUUUCCCAACUGCUACAAACAUUUGGUAUUCUAGAGAUUACAAAAAGUUACAAAAACAAGUUAAAGAAAGAACAAAAUUGGCUAACAAAUACGAAGGUACUCUUAAUAAAGUUUUAACUAAGGCUGUUAAAUUGAGAAAUAAAUGUCUUAAAAAGAGUAAACCAGCUCCUGAACCACAAGAUGAUAUUGAUAAAUACUUGAAAGAUGGUAAGAAAAGACCAACUCAUAAAUUGAAGUUUUUAAUUGGUAUAAAAGUUGACACUUUAGAUUAUUCGCCAGAAAAAUUGGGUGAAUUGAAUAAGGAAAUCACUAAAGAACAAACUGAAUAUCAAACUUAUGAUCAAUUACCCGCUGUUUUCAUUGAAUUCCCAAGUCAAUUGGAAAUGCAAAAGGCUUAUCAAGCUAUUCCUUACCAACCUGACUUUAAAGGAGUUAAAACCGUUAUUAAUGCUGCCCCAGAAGAUAUUAUUUGGGAAAACUUGCAAUUGACUUCAAUGAAAAGAAGAAUUAAAAGUAUUAUUGCUAACACUAUUUUGACUUUAUUGAUUAUUUUCUGGUGUAUCCCAGUAGCUGUUGUUGGUGCCAUUUCCAAUAUUAAUGUAUUGACUGAUAAGGUUCCAUUUUUGAAAUUCAUUCUUAAAAUGCCUGAUGUCAUUAUGGGGGUAAUUACUGGUUUACUCCCAGUUGUGGCAUUAACAAUUUUGAUGUCAUUGGUGCCUCCAUUCAUUAAAUGGAUGGGUAAAAUUUCUGGACGCCUUACAAUUCAACAAGUUGAAAGUUAUUGUCAAUCAUGGUAUUUUGCUUUCCAAGUUGUCAAUGUUUUUCUUGCUAUUGCCUUGGGUUCAUCAGCUGCAGCUGUUGCCACUCAAAUUGUUCAAAAUCCAGGUGAAGCAUUACAGAAAUUAUCAUCUAGUUUCCCUAAAUCGGUCAAUUUCUACUAUUCUUAUUUAUGUCUUGAAGGUUUAACUAUUAGUUCAGGAGUUUUACUUCAAAUUGUUGCCUUGAUUUUGUCUCACAUUUUGGGAAGAAUUUUGGAUGGUACACCAAGAGCUAAAUGGACAAGAUGGAAUACUUUAGGUCAACCUGCUUAUUCUACUCUUUAUCCAGGUUUCCAAUUGUUGACUGUUAUUGCUCUUUCUUAUUCGGUUAUUGCUCCCUUGAUUUUAGGAUUCACUGCCAUUGCUUUCAUUUUGUUUUAUUUCGCCUACAUUUAUACUAUGAUUUUUGUUUUGAGACCAAGCACUGUUGAUGCUAGAGGUACUAAUUAUGUCAAAUCAUUAUUCCAACUUUUCACUGGUCUUUUCUUGGCUCAACUUUGGAUUACUGCCAUUUUCGUAUUUUCGAAGAACUGGGCUUGUGUUGCCUUGGAAGGUGUUAUUGUGGUUGUCACCAUUGCUGCAAGAUUAUGGAUGAAAUGGAAGUUCUUACCAUUAGUCGAUGCUGUUCCUAUUUCUGCUAUUAAAUAUGCUGCAGGUGACCCAACAUAUUCUUACCCAAUACAUGAUCAAGGUUUGAAAGAAAUCAAAGUUGAAGGCAAAAACUAUUGGGAAGGUGGUAAUCAAUUGGGAUUGGGUCCUGAUCCAAAAGAUCAAGUAUUACCUGAUAGAAUUCCUGGAAAUGGCCCAUCUUCAUAUGCUUAUGAUCAACAACAACAACAAAAUCAUCGUGGAUCUGAUUCAUCCGCUGUUGAUACUAAAGUUGGUCAUGGAGAACUGCUCGAUAAACCAAAGAGUCCAUUUACUGAUUUUAACAACAAUCACGAUGCAGAAAAAUCUGCUGGAUUUAACCCAGUUAAUAAGGCAAUUGCUGCUCCAACUCAAGGUGUUUCAUGGUUAACAUCAUUCUUCCAGCCAAAGAAAGAUACUUUUGAUAUAAUCAAGAGUGAUAUGCCUAGUUCAUAUUUCAAUUAUAUUGAAUACCAUUCUGAUUUUAUUAGACAUGCUUAUGAUGAUCCUGCUGUUACUGCUGAAGAACCACAUAUUUGGAUUGCUAGAGAUCCAAUGGGAUUAUCAGAAAUUGAAAAAAAUAAAGCUCUCAAAGAAGGGGUUCAAGUUUCUGAUGAAAAUGCCACUUUUGAUGAUAAAGGUGCUCUCAUCUUUACUGGUCCUCCACCAGCUUAUGAAGAACCAAUUAGAGUAUAA